AUGUCCCCCUUUAAGACAGCUGCUGGCUACCGUUAUUUUAAAGACAAGUUUGCGUUGGCUCAACUGACACCUACGGCAUCCGAGGUGGUCGAGCCAUCUCGAAUUAUGGAAUGUCCGCUGCAGAUGGAGGCAGAACUUGUGGCUGUCAAUGAGAUGAAUCGGGAUGAGGAGGGCAAGGAGGGAUUCCUUCUAGGACUUGAGGUCGAGGUUUUGCGGAUCCAAGCCGAGGAGCACAUUAUGCAGAUUGGGGUACCGAACAAGGUUGACACGGACAGGUGGCGACCAUUGAUGACUGCUUUCCAGCAUCUGUAUGGAUUAAGUGCAAGGUUGUUGCCGUCAAGACUUGCAGAGAUAGAUGAGGAGAAGGAUCGGUGA